GCCGAAGUUACAGGUUGAGUUGAGGUUAGUUUUGGUUGCUCUCUUGAGUCAAGCGGUUGUUUGAAACUUGUCGCUUUCGUCUAGCCGGCCGUCAAAACUCGCGUGCUUUUAUUUAUCGAUUGAAGUUUCGAAGUUGGAAAGUUCGUAGGCUAGCAAUUUCAAAGAAUGUGAACUCGUGAAUUGGUUUAUAAGGAUUGGAACGUUCUUUGUUUAGGAAUUUUGAAUUUGUAAAGUUCGUCACUUGAAAAUUUUAUAAUUGAGACGUUCGUGGAUUAUACAUUUUCAAGUUGAAUUGAAAAUUUUGUAGUAGAAAAGUUCUGCGAUUAGUACUUAUCAAAUUAUUUGUGGAGAAAGUUGGUGCUAUUUUGUUGUUCUCCAUAUAAAAUAAGUGGUUGGAUCUAUUUAUUUAAAUUGUGAGUGGAAUUAUUACUUAUUUGAAGAUUCAAGUUGGAUUUUGUACCAAGAGCUGCUCAUUUUUUAGUGUACUUAUAAUGGAAUACCAUGCAACCUCAACAUAUGGAAGUGAUAAGUUGUAUCUGCGAUAAUGGCUACUGAACAUUAAGCUCAGAUCCGUCAAUUGUGAGUGAUCCAGUGUGUGUGUGUGAGUGUCUUGAUAAGAUCGAGUGAAUAAUAAUAUUUGAACCAAUAUUUGAGCGAUGCUUAGCACCAAGUGGGUUGUACCAACAACUCCUGGUGAACGAAAACCUCCCUCUACCUCGGAGAGCUUCCUCCGAUGUUUGAAGAGGAGGUCACUCAGGGUGAGGAGGUCAAAGUCGUUGGUUAUACAGGAGAAAAGGAAGUCGGAUUCGUUCGUGAACAGCCAAGAAUGGACUCUGUCGCGCACGGUUCCCGACCUGCGCCUGGGCAUAGUGGGUGCGCUGUCCUCGGGCAAGUCGGCGCUCGUGCACCGCUACCUCACCGGCUCCUACAUGCAGGAGGAGUCACCCGAGGGAGGCCGCUUCAAGAAGGAGAUCCUCCUGGAUGGUCACAGUCAUCUGCUGCUCAUCAGGGAUGAAGGAGGUCCGCCUGAGUUGCAGUUUACUGCAUGGGUUGAUGCAGUGAUAUUCGUGUUCAGCUUGGAAAACGAAGCCAGUUUUAACGCCAUCUACAACUACUACACCAAAAUGGCUCACUACAGGAAUUCAGCCGAGAUCCCACUAAUACUUGUAGGAACACAAGACGCAAUUAGUGAGAAUAAUCCGAGGGUGAUAGAUGAUGCCAGAGCAAGGAAGCUAGCCACUGAUUUGAAGAGGUGUUCCUAUUAUGAAACGUGUGCCACCUAUGGUCUCAACGUUGAAAGGGUAUUCCAGGAUGCUUGCCAGAAAAUAGUGCAGCAACGACUGUCAGCAUCAACUACCUGCCUGGCGACGCCAACCAAUUCGCGGCCGUCGACGCCCGGUGGGAGAGGGGGCCCCCCUCCACUGCACCCCACACCUUCCCCACCACUCGUUCUCCCCACACCGCAUUCACCCAGCCAUGCGCACACACUAUCUCAUAAGGAAUUAUCACUAGGCUUGAAUAGGCAGCUAGCCCACAAUCUGUCGACGUCGAGUCAUCAGCUGCAUAAAAUGGAUAUCCUCGACAACAAUAACAUAUCGAAGCUAACAUUGCAAACAGGGCCAUCGGACAACCUAAUUAUUCCGAACGCUUCACCUAAUGCUAAGGAUUUGCCCACGCCCAGCUCAACACCAACUACUACCAGAAAAACGCGUAGAAGAUCGAAUCUAUUUACCCCUUCGAAGAAAGGCGAUGACAAGCUGAGGAAUGGCUUCGAGCUGGGAAGCGGCAGGGCGAUUCCCCUCAAGCAGGGAUAUCUGUACAAGAAAAGCAGCAAAGCUCUCAAUAAAGAGUGGAAGAAAAAGUAUGUCACACUCUGUGAUGAUGGGAGGCUAACAUAUCAUCCUAGUUUACAUGACUACAUGGAUGACGUGCAUGGAAAAGAAAUAUCGUUACAGUAUGUGACAGUGAAAGUUCCUGGUCAGAAGCCGAGGGGAUCGAAGACUAUUGUCGCUCCACCCACCAACGGAGUCAACGAUAGCCUAGCAUCUCUUUCUAUCACAAGUUUCCAAAGCAAAGAAAAGCGACAACAAGACAAAGUCAUGUUGACAGGUUUUGAAAUAUUGAAGGAGCCCGGCAGGUUACCCCAUAGCAAUGAGGAACCAAUAAUCAUCUCGAAUAACCUGCAUAUCAAUGGGAGUAGUAACGAUAGUAAGGCUGAGACACCAAACGUUAAGAAAAGGCACAGGCGAAUUAAGAGCAGUGGUGUCAAAAACCAAGACUGCGAAGAUUCGGACGGCUACGAGUUUCUAAUAGUGUCACUGGACAACAAGCAGUGGCACUUCGAGGCGGCUAAUUCGGAAGAACGUGAUGAGUGGGUGACAGCUAUCGAACAGCAGAUUCUUAAUUCAUUGCAGGGCAAUGAAAGUGGAAAAGGCAAAUCUCGAUUGCACUCUUCGAUUGAAGCAGCUUCGAUACAUUCGAUUAGAACACGGGUACCUGGCAACACGCAUUGCGUCGACUGUGAUGCUCCUAAUCCCGAUUGGGCGAGUCUAAACUUGGGAGUACUGAUGUGCAUUGAGUGUUCAGGGGUGCAUAGGAAUUUGGGCUCUCAUAUAUCCAAAGUUCGUUCUCUUAACCUCGAUGAAUGGCCUGUGGGUCACCUAAGCGUGAUGCUGAGCAUUGGCAACAUAAUGGCGAACAGCGUGUGGGAGGGGGCAGUGGGGGGUAGCAGUGGCGGGGGGCGUGGAGGGGCCAAACCGACCCCCAGCUCCAGCAGGGAGGAGAAAGAGCGCUGGAUUCGCGCCAAAUACGAGGCCAAGGAGUUUCUGCCCUCUCUACCACCAACCUCCAACCAGCAGCCUCUCUGUCAGCUGCUCAUCGACGCUAUCUGCAGGUCAGACAUGAAAUCUCUGCUGUUAUUGCUGGCACAUGCUACACCAGAGACCAUCAACUCGUACGUGAGCCAAAGAGACAUGAGGACACCGCUGCACUAUGCAUGCACCAUGGGUAACCUACCAAUAGCCCAGCUUCUGCUCUGGAACAACGCAAACGCCAAAGCGGUGGACCACGAGGGCCGGACGUGUCUGGCGAUGGCGCGGUCCGCUUCCCGCGGUCACACUCCCGACUCGGUCAGCGGAGGACAGACGAGUAGUCUCAUAGAGUUGCUGCAGUCGUACGGGUGUGCCGAGUCAGCUGUGCAGUGUGCCACUCUAUCUCGCCAGUCACCUCCUUCGUUGCCACACCAGCUCGACAAGCUACCUUCCAGUGUCAUAUGAAUCGGCAAGCUAUUCAAAUAAUCGCUCGUUUGUCGAAUACCGUUGAAUGGUACAGCGAAUGUAUGGUAAGGUAAUUGGUCGUUUGUCAAGCACCAUUGUAUGGUACAGGUUUGGGAAUGUGUAACAACCGAGUAACAAAGGACCUUUUCAAGUACAGUAAAGGUAUGUAACUGGUUGGGGAAUGUGUUACAACUGUUUAACAAAGAAACUGUGUUAAAAAUAUGAGAUCCAUUGAAAUUCUAAAUUCAACACUAACCUAACCUAGGUAGGCCUACAGUGAAUUACCUAACUUGAGUACGGUAACUGUUUGGGGAAUUUUGUUACAACUUUGUAACAAAGAAACAGUGUAACAAUCUGUCAAACAAAAACUCAUUGAAGCUUUCAAGAAAUUCUAAAUUCAAUUCUAACCCAACCUAAAUCAUGUAGUAGAGGCCACUAUAUAUUGUCCCUGUGUGCAGGAUGAUUAAGUUUGUAUGUUGUAAGGUCAAGAGCUUUGUUACAAUUGUGUAUUGGUCUUGAAGAGGGAUGUUCCUUGGGAAAACCACAAGAUAUUUGAAAUUGAACCUACAUGAAUCAUUUGUCAAAUUAAUUUUACCGUUGUACGGUACAAUGAAUAUAAUAUGGUAUGCUACAGUUUGGGUGUCUUUUAAACCAGGUCUUGAUCUGUAUCCUGAGGAAAAAUCUUAACAAGUUUGGAGUUAAUCAUUAAUAAAAAAUAAUUUGUACUGAUAUAAGGUACGGAGUAUGUACAGUCUUGUAACAACUAUUCUUGCAUUCUUCUUUUGGUUUUGUAAAAGUCUGUACCUUUACGAAAUUAAUCUCAAGUUUAAUAUCAACCUAAAUCAUUUGUCAAAUAAAUUGUAAAAUUUUAUAGUGCAUUGAACGUAUGUUGCAAUUUGAGUGAUGUCGUUACAAUAGUGUCGUGGCCUAGAAAAGGUUUCAUCUUUGGACCAUAAUUUAAAGAUUUUUAGUGAUAAUCUUUACUAAAUCAUACAGUGAUAUCCUACAUAUUGUGAAAGGAUUCGAAUUCCGUUUUUAAUUGCCAUUACUUGUAAAAAGCUCUUGAAUUGCCCCUCAUUUUUGUCAAAUAUUAUCAAAGUAACCAAAAAAUAGUAUUUAUUAUUUGGAAAGUAAUUCUGUUAUAACUCGAUUGACAGACGAAAUUCCUACCCAACCAUCAAGCCAUCUUUGUAUCAUUAUAUGUAGAUUUAUACGUUGUCUAUAUAGUAAUUUAUAAAUGUAUCUUUCGAAAAGUAUUAAAUUAAUUUAAGUUGUACAUUUAAAUAAUUAUUUAUUCUAUUAUAACUUGUUUGAUACCGUGAGAAUGUACAUUUACUUUUGUUCAUUUUAUACUUGUAUACGGUAAUGAAUUUAUUGUUGAACUAUAUCGUGUGUAUUACUGUGAUUGUUAAUAUAUUUAGAACCAACCAAAUAAGUGAUUGUACAGAUAUCUUAUCAGAAAGCUUAAUUAGUAAGAAAAAUCUAAUUAAUUAUACUUGAAUUACUUACUGCUCAAUACUUUCCCAUAUGGUAUGCACCAGCACUGCAAAUUAGACAUAAAACACAUCAUUAGACUUGAACGAAUUUCAAAUAAUAGUGUUAGUUUAUAGGAAUAUAUUUAUUGUUACAAACUCCAAGGCGAGGUUUCAAUCCUGCAGGUUCAGUUAUAGUAAAGUGUUCGGAAUAAUUGCAAGAGAAUUGAGCUUAACUAAGAGUCGAUUCAAUAGCGGUCAUCUCUCAAACUUUCUAAACUAUCAAAAAUAAUCUCACAGACUAUUGGUCUUUUGGCAUUUUGCUCUUAGAAGUUAGGUAUUUGAUUUUGAGCUCUUUUGGUUCCAAACUGAUUGUUACGAUGAUAAUUGAAGUAUUAUCAGUAUUAUCAUUCAGGUUGGCUUUUUAUGUCAAUGAGCGCCCACCAUGUAAUGUGUAUUUAAAAACAAUUUUUCAAAUUAUUCUCCCAUUUUUAAAAUUUCACAUUCACAAAUUUUAUUUGGAAUUGUUGAUUCCUUCAACUACUGUCAUUGAUCUUAUUGUUACUGUUGUAUAUUGCAGUAUCGAUGUAUUGUGUAUUUUAUUGUAUUAUCAUCCACAAGUAUACUUCAUAAAUCGUGUCUAUAACUCCCAUUGAAUUCUAUAACACUGUUAUGCUGAAUAGUAUUUAAAGCUCUAUCCGAAUUUACUUGUAAUCUAUUUUUGAAAAUGGUCUUAUUCUUAGUGUGGAUUUAUAUUCACAUGAAUUCCAUUCUAUAAAUUUAUUUUUCUGAUUUCUAACUUUUGGGGCCAAUCAUAUGAAUUGUUAUGGGCUUCUAUACAGUUAUCUAAUUUAAAAUUGUGAAUAACAAUUAUUAGAGAAUUCGAUGUUCUUGUUACUUGUAAAUGAUUCGUACUUGAACUUGCGCGUUUGUAAUGAAUUUGGUUGAAAAAUGUUAGAUCUUUUCGGGAACCGAUCUCGAGAAAGCGCAAUUGUUGUGAACUUUUAUUGUAUAGAGAUUACAUAAAGUACCGUUGAAAUGAAAAUCAUAAACACUUCUUUAUUCAAUGCAUUUUAUUCACAUUUUAACCAUCAGGUUCAGUUUCAAUUUUCCAAAAACAUUAAAGUCCCGUAAUAUUAUAUAUUAUUAUGUAUUAAAUUCAAUAUUUAUUGAUGCCUUUCCCAUUGAAUCUCAUUCAAUCAAUCACGCUCAAUUCAAGUCAAUUGUUCUCAAUUAGUAAGUGAUCGGAAGAAUUUGAAAUAUGACUCUAUAAAUCCUAUACAAAAUUAUUUGGUCAUACAUGUCUUAAAUACUGUAAUGCAAUAAAAAUUGAAUCAUUAAUUGAAUAAAAUAUUGUAAACGAAAAAUACUAAAGGAUUUUUUAUAGGUUCUCCUUGAAUGUGGAAUUUGUGUUAAGCAGUUUAAAAUGAAGAAUCUAUUGAUUUUUUCAUUCACUUUCCAGCUUCCACAGAAAGUAAACUAAGUCUAGUUUCUAUCUUCCGGUUCAUGGAACAACAAUAUUCAUGGCAGCUUUAUUUUACUGAAUUACUAAAAAAUGUAGCUUUAUAUAUGUUACCUCCUGUCUUGUGUAGGCUAGCUAUUCUCUCAUAUUCUAAAAACUUUUUAAAAUUAUUAUUGCUGUCUUUGAGAUACUUUCUGACAUGUAAUAAACAUUUUUGUAUGAAAAUGGAAUCUAAAUAUAAGAAUAAAUUGAUGUUUAAUCACUACUUGGAUUGCACACCCUCAUCAAAUUUCAAACAUAGAAACUAUAUACUGAUAUAUUCUUGAAUCUUCUUAUUGAAAAUAAUUUCCUUUCAAUUCUGCAGAGUUCUAACAACAUUGAUUGAAUUAUUCAGUUUAGAAAAAAUUCUAUGAUUGUAAUCAAUGUAUUGUAUUACUGGCAUAGAUCUCAUAGAAAAUAUUAAAUAAUUCAAUGUUAUUGUGAAUGUGUAUUAUAAAAUAAUAAUAUUGUUAUUAUGCACUUUGUAUAUUUUAUACAGUAUUGUACACAUUAAUAUUAUUUAUGCAACAUUUGCAUACAGAUUAGAAUAAUCUAAUGAAUUUUUCACAUGUUUUAUAGAUUUUAUUAUCGUUGUAAAUAAUUUAGUGUUAAAUUUUGGUAUGAAAACGAAAAUUUUAUCUGUUCAUUUUAAAAAUAAUUUACCGUCUGAAAAAGAUAAACUUCACAAUUAUUCAAAAAAAUUUGCUUUGAAAGCUGUUAAUAACCGUGAAAUAAUAUGAUGUUAAUCAAUGUACUGAGAAUACAUUGUAUUCUCGGUACAUUGACGUUAAUGAUCUUAAAUUGAUCGUUGACAAUAUUGUCUUGAUUAUUUACGAAAAAUUGGAAUAUUGUUUUCUGAUUGAUUUAAUAUAAUAAAAUCAUAAAUAUUGUAAUAAUUUUUUAUUAAUAAUAAUACACCAAUUAUUGGUGUAGUAAGCUCUGAUAAUUUUUUUGGAAUAAAGCAAGUAAUAGAAUGGUAAAUUCGUAUGGCUUUUGUUGGUGGGGAGUCCCUUGCGGGAAGUAAUAGAAUGGUAAUAAUUUAUUUUAAAAUAUCAAUUUUAGAUUGAUGAAUUAUAAAAUUUGUUAAUUUUAGAAGUGAUCCAGUUGAAUAAGUAUUGUUUUUUAAAUCAAUUUCAAAACAUCUUGAUUAUCAUGUUGUGAUAGUUACACGAUUUUUAUCUGGAAUUUAAUUUCUUCAUACGAUUAGUAAUUUAAUUUUUCAAGGAAUUAAUGAAGUGCUUCAAUUUGAUGCUAUUCUCAAGUUGUUUGAAUACAAAUGAAUUACAUGUGAUCAUUCCAUAAUAUAGAUACACUACCAUGCCCCCAAGAAAUUCAAGUAAAAUUGCUUAUCUUGUAAAAUUUGUUUGGAAAUUGAAAUUGAAACAUCACCAUCCUCACUAAUUAUGAUUAAUGGAUUACUGUAUUUCCAAAAAUAUUAAACUAUGCUUUCAAUGAUCGGAAUUUCAGGUGUAAAAUAAUAUUGUGAAUAAACUAUUCGAUUUUAUUCAUUUCGAAGUUCGGGUUUCUCAACGCAACAAGUGGAAGGAUACCAGUAUUAACAUUUUCAUCACAGCUUUUUAAAACCAAACUUUUUAAACUUUUAAUUAAUGGAUUUCAGAUUUCAGCUCUCAAAAAACUUUUUCAAGGAAUUAUUUUAAUUCUUAAUUUUGGUCUAAUGACAUUAAAUUUUAAAUUAUUAUUGUUCAAAUAUUAUGUUGUAAUUUGUGUUUUUUUUCUAAAUAAAUUGUUGAUUUAAUGUUCAAGGCAAUACAGUUAAGGAGCCAUUACAGUACAGAGUAAUUCUUCUGAAGUACAGUAUCUGGUAUUAGGAUGUAUUUUUAUUGUUAUUGGGUAAGAUAUUGAAUGUCUAACACCUAUCAACUAAAUUAUAAGCAUUGUAAAGCCUACUUCGUUUGGCUCUAAACAAUCAUUAGGAGUAUUAUUGUAUUGUAUGUUAGUUCGAAAUUUGUAAGUUCACCACAUUGUUUAUAAAUCAGUAUUGAAUUGUACAGGCUCAAUACGAUAUUGAAUGUAUGUAUGUAAUAUUUGUUGAUUGAAAUGAGAAUCUGUACAAUAUUGGCCAAAGAAAUAUGAUAUAAAGAGAAGGUCCAAAAGUA